GCUUUGUAUUAUUAUUAGUAUUGUUGCUAUUAUUAUUAUUAUUGUUUAUUUUUUUGGAUAGAAGUAGUCUGUUGAUCUGUUCUUUUUGACUGUGAAUUCCCUUCCGUCUGAAGUGAUUUGAAUUCUAGACCUCCAUUCGAAGUCGCAAAACCCUACAAACCCUCUGGUUUUUCUGUUAACCAACCAUUCAGCCAGAAACUCCACCGUCGCCAUCCAAUGUUCCUCCGACGCCCUCUCGCUCAUCCGCCGGUUCGUGCCGGCAUAUUCAACCAGAUUUCUCGGAUCUUCGGACCCAGAUCCGACCGGCCCCUUCAUGCUCUCUUCUGCAGUUCCAGCAAUCCUGAGCCUCCACCGAUGCCUCCCUUUCAGAUCCCAGGCCCCAUUUCAGGUUUUUCAGGGAAUAACAAAGGCAACAUGCCCUAUAAUAGAUUCUCAGGGGUGGGACAAUCUGGUUUGAGCAACCAUGGAACACGCACUUUGUUUCCUAGAUCUUUGAUAGACUCUGGAAAUGAAAAUGAAGUUGAGACUGGAAAGAAUUCUAAAUCCAUGGACAUUGUUAGGGGAUUACUAGAAGACUAUGAUAAGGGUGGUGCUCCUUUUGGAUCUCCAUUCCGUCAAUAUCAAGUCGAGAACGAUCCUGACAUUGUUCAUGUUAAGCUGCUCCGCAACAACACAUUCAUCACCGUCACAGAUUCAAAAGGGAACAAAAAGUUUGGGGCUUCAGCGGGAACACUGGCAUCAGGAGGGAAAGUUUCUCGAUUUGCUGCUGAAUCUACAGCAGAACAUGUUGGGCGUGAAGCAAGGAAUCGUAACUUGAAGUCUGUGGUCAUGAAAGUAAAUGGGUUUACCUAUUUUAGGAAAAAGAAGCAAUCUAUCCUUAGCUUUAAAGAGGGGUAUAAUCAUUCCCGGGGAGAUACAAAUCCGGUUGUUUACAUUGAAGAUACAACACGACGACCCCAUAACGGAUGCCGCCUCAGAAAGAAGCGCCGCAUAUAGUUUGUUUCGUUUUUUGCAUGUGAGAAGCGCCGCAUAUAGUUUGUUUCUUUUUUGCAUGUUGAAUUUGGGAUGCGAUAGAUGCAUGUUAUGAUAUUUUGCUAAAUAAACAGGGCAUUAUGGCUUUUUCGAGAUUUGCUUCUAAUUCUAAAUUACAACUGAAUACUUUGCGGGAGCUUUCUCAGAUAACUAUGUCUAUUUAUACUUUGUCCUGUUUCUUUA